AUGCCCGACAAGGCAUCUUCGAAGCGAGUCAACCCGGAAUAUCUUGACCCUUACCUGUACAUCAAAGCACAAAUAGCGCAGUUUCGUGUGUCAUGUCACGUCCCAGAGAGCAAUGAGGCUUCAAGAUAUCUGAUACCGUUGGGCACUGCAAAUGAUACAGAGGACAUCAUCUUAGGCUACAUAACUCUCGACCACUGUCCUCGGCAGUUGCCCCAGGGAGAACCAGGUGGCUUGGAUUUCAUCGGCAUCUCCUAUGUUGAAGUUGGCUAUUACCCCAGCUCCGGACAGCCCGAAGUGUAUGCGCUUUGUGUCAAACUAGUCAACGGCAAACCAGGCGUAUUCGAGAGGCUGGGUGUAGCUAGAAUCUUGAAGGACGUAUGGGAUCGGACUGCUCAGUUCGAUGAGAACAUCAUACUAGGAUAG